AGUACUCUAACUUAUAAAUGGCUACCCUCGCCACCAUAGAAUAAAAAUUAAACAAUCUUCUUUCAAUACUCUCCACGGUUGUCUGAACUUAAGGAAUAACGCGCUGACAGGUUCUGUCAUGGACACUUUUGCAAUCGCACUUUCUUUGACAACUUCAGUGUUUGGAGUGAUUAAUAAUACUAAUGUAAGCGUGACCAGCGAAGGCUAUUUUGAGCAUAACUCAACCGAUAAUCCGACUCCCGCCCCAUGGUAUCCUCUGGGAUCAUUGUACACCGAAGAGCAAGUUCGCGAGGCGUAUCAGGCUUGUCGCGCUGUGUUCUUUUGCCUGUUGAUUCUGUGCACCGUGGGCAAUGGACUUAAUCUAGUGGUGUUAAUCCGCAGUGCGCCCACCUGGAAAACAUCCGCCUGCCAUUAUAUGAUCGGCGCGGCAGUGGCAGAUCUGCUUGCGCUAUGGCUCGGUUUAUGGAUGUUUUGGUCGGACGAAAGAAUAAACGGGAACUUCGGCAACCGGUUUGACAACCUCAUUAUUCCGUGGUUCUCCGAGGCCACAAUGUGUUUAUCCGAUUGGAUUUUGGUUGUGUUCUCCUGGGAACGACUGCUUGUGUGUCUGAGCGUUUAUCGAUUUGGAUUCCUGCAGCGGGUUGUGACGGCGCGUGUGCUGAUUGUCGUUCUCCUGGUUCUAUCGUUGGCCUGCUAUUCAUUCGAGUUUGUCCAGUAUUACUUUCUGUACACCCAUGACUUCACGAGCCCUGUCAUUAUUCCCGAUCCGUGGUGGGUCAAUGAGUGGCGCCGCAUUAACAGACUCGGAUUAAUUGUUAUGCGCAUGCUGACGUUUUUGUUGAUCCUUAUUCCGAGUGCAAUGCUGAUCCUUCUAAUUUCUCGCCAACGACGAUCCGAUUUGGGUGCCAUGCGUCGAUUACAGGAGGCUAACAGUGAAACAUCCGUGGCAACGUCUGCCAGCAAAACCUCGUCCGGGUCAUCCCAGCACGCAAUCAACAUCAUCCUGCUGAGCAGUGCACUGCUUUACCUCAUCACGCGUGCCCCCAAGUUUUUCGACUUGUGUGCUUCGGCUCUACCGUAUGACGUCGACUUUAUAUACGUCAAUGAUGGUAGCUUGAAUGACCUCAUGGAGCCAAUUAUCGUUGUAACAAUGUACAUGGGAUAUUCGUUGAAUUUCUACGUCUAUUUGUUAAGCGAAAGUCACUAUCGGCGCCGGUUUAUUACACUGGUGGCUCGUCCAGUCUGGUCCCUCUGCUUCCCCACAAAGUCCUCCAGUGAAAACCCAGAAGGGCAGACUGAAGGCAUGGAGAUGAGCAAAAAGCGGUCAAUGGCCACUUCGGAACAAUACUCGUAGUAACGCUUUUGAAUAACUACGACGAUUUCUCGAUUUCGUGUUGGAUGUCAUAAUAAUCACUUUGUUCAGUUUGUUGUGGUGCAUAUGCACCAACUGCUCUGAAGUUCAAACGAAGCCUCCAAAGUCCAAACCAAAACAUCUUCGCUAUGAUAGAAUUCCUACUAUAUUAUUAACAUCAAA